UAUAAUUUGACAGAUGGGUGAUGCAAAAUUGCUAUUGAUGAAAUAAUCAUUUAUUAUUCAAUUAUUGAAGUAUAAUGAGAUCUAUAUUAAGUAGUACGAUAAGGAGGCGAACACCUAUAACUGUACUGGCGGUUGCACGUGCCAAUGGCUUAAGAUUUAAGCCAACUGUAAGAGUUGCAACCAGUUCUAAUCCUCAAUUAGCAUUUCCAUGUCUUGAUAGAUUAGAGAAGAAAACUGAAGAACUUAGUAAUUCUUGUGCUAUAGAUAAUAUAACUUCUUUAGAAGGAGGUCCGGAACCAUCGUAUUCAAAAGUUCAAACUGGUUUUCAAGUAUUUAAGUCUAAAGUACCUAUAUUCUUAGAUAAUGGUGGUUAUCUUCCUGAAUAUGAGAUUGCUUAUGAAACCUGGGGUAAACUUAAUAAGGCUAAAGAUAAUAUAAUUUUACUUCAUACUGGAUUAUCAGCAUCAUCUCAUGCUAAAUCACAACCAUAUAAUUUAAAAUCUGGUUGGUGGGAAGAAUUCAUUGGGCCAGGUAAAUAUUUGGAUACUAAUAAAUAUUUUAUAAUAUGUACUAAUGUAUUAGGAGGAUGUUAUGGUUCGACUGGUCCAUCUUCAAAGGAUCCAGCUGAUCAAGAUUAUUAUGGAACAAGAUUUCCUAUAAUUACUGUUAAUGAUAUGGUUAGAGCUCAACAUGAAUUAAUUAAAAAAGUAUUUAAAGUUAAUAAAAUUCAUGCAUCAGUAGGAGCAUCCAUGGGUGGGAUGCAAUCAUUAGCUUAUGCUAUUGAAUUUCCCAAUGAAGUUGAAAAAGUUGUUUCUAUAAGUGGAUGUGCUAGAUCACAUCCUUAUUCUAUUGCUUUAAGACAUUGUCAACGACAAGUAUUAAUGAGUGAUCCUAAUUGGAAACGAGGUUUCUAUUAUGAUAAUAUUCCUCCUCAUGUUGGAAUGAAAUUGGCAAGAGAAAUUGCUACUGUUACAUAUCGUUCAGGACCAGAAUGGGAAUAUCGGUUUGGAAGAAAUAGAGCUGAUGAAUCUAAACCUCCAGCUUUAUGUCCUGAUUUCUUAGUUGAAACUUAUCUUGAUCAUGCUGGAGAGAAAUUUUGUCUUGAAUAUGAUGCUAAUUCUCUCUUAUACGUUCUGAAAGCUAUGGAUUUAUUUGAUUUGGGUUAUAUUAAUAGAUCUCGUGCUGCAAAGACUCGAUUGGCUACCGAACAAGAAUAUAAAAUUCAAGCCAAUCUUGUAGAAGAAUUUUCAGUUCCAACUGAACCUUAUAGAGAAACUGUAUCACUGGCCACCAUCACACCAGAAGAAUCAUUAAGAGAUUUACAAAAAGGUAUGGAAAGAAUAGCUCAUAAAGAUGUUUUAGUUAUUGGAGUUGAAUCAGAUAUAUUAUUCCCUGUAUGGCAACAAAGAGAAAUAGCUGAUGUUUUAAGACAUAAUGAUAAAGGAGGAGAUAUAAGAUACUUUGAAUUGGGUAAUAAUGUAAGUAAUUAUGGACAUGAUACAUUUCUUUUAAGUUUGGAUCAUAUAGGUCCACCAGUUAAAGACUUUUUACAAUCCAAAAAGGAAUUUUAGUAUUAAUUUUAAUUUUAAUUUUAAUUUUAAUUUUAAUUAAGUUUUAUAUUAAUAUUAAAUGAAAAUGAUUAUGAUUAUUUAUACAGAAUGCAG